CACCAAGCCUGCGGACUCUCCCUCGUUAUCAACCUCAAGUCGUCCAGAGCAGCCACAGCAGAGUAACAUAGUUUCAUUGAGUUGUUUUCAACGACGCUGAGUCUGUGGACAUUGGCGUGACACGCUCGGGGGGAUUUUACUGCCAGCAUAGGCAACAAGAAGACAAAAAACACAUUGUUUUUGAGGUGACUGGCUGGAAAGACGGCAUCCGGCCUCAGAAGAAGCUCCGAGGUGGGGGAUAGUGGUCGGAACAGCGCAUAUCGUUUCUGGCCCCCCCUGCCCCUGAGCUCCAUGGAGAGGAUGAAGAAGUUCAAGCGGCGUCUGGCGCUGACGCUGCGCGGCAGCCACACCGUGGAGGAGUCGCUGUCCGAGCUGGCCGAGCACAUGACCAUCGAGGAGAGUGCCCUGAAGGACGGCGAUGCUGCAGUGAGGAAUGGACGGCCGCCCUCCUCCCACAGCGUCCACUCAUUCCUUAACCAGUACACCGGCUCCUUCAAGAAACCUCCCAUCCGCCGGCCACACAGCGUCAUAGGGGACGGCUUGGGUAUUCCUGUGGCUGCAACCCGCAAUGGUGGCCAUUUAGGCAUCGUUCACGAGAACCAGAAGAUGGGCUCGGACGGGGAGAGCGACCAGACCUCCGGGACGUCCUCUGACGAGGUGCAAUCCCCAACGGGCGUGUGCCUGCGGAACAGGGGCGGCCGGCGGAUUUCUGCUGCGGACCUGAAUAAGCGCUUGUCUCUCCCGGCCGACAUCCGGUUGCCAGACGGCUACCUGGAGAAGCUGCAGAUGAUCAGUCAUCAAUUUGACCAGCCUCUGAGUCGUCGCUCUCGCAGGGCCUCUCUGUCUGAAAUAGGAUUUGGAAAACUGGAGACCUACAUAAAACUGGACAAACUUGGAGAGGGGACGUACGCUACCGUUUUCAAGGGCCGCAGCAAGCUGACAGACAAUCUUGUGGCCCUGAAGGAGAUCCGCCUGGAGCACGAGGAGGGAGCUCCGUGCACCGCUAUUCGAGAAGUGUCCUUACUGAAGGAUCUGAAGCAUGCAAACAUAGUGACACUUCAUGACAUCAUCCACACAGAGAAGUCCCUCACCUUAGUGUUUGAGUAUCUGGAUAAGGACCUGAAGCAGUACAUGGACGACUGCGGGAACAUCAUGAGUAUGCAGAAUGUGAAGAUCUUCCUGUUUCAGAUCCUCCGUGGUCUGGCUUACUGCCAUCGUCGGAAAGUUCUCCACAGAGACCUUAAGCCUCAGAACCUGCUCAUCAACGACCGAGGAGAGCUCAAGCUGGCCGACUUCGGGUUGGCCCGAGCCAAAUCAGUCCCUACAAAGACCUACUCAAAUGAGGUGGUGACUCUGUGGUACCGGCCUCCAGACGUGCUGCUGGGCUCCUCCGAAUACUCCACACAGAUUGACAUGUGGGGAGUGGGCUGUAUAUUCUAUGAGAUGGCCGCUGGCAGGCCCUUGUUCCCUGGGUCCACUGUGGAGGACGAGCUGCACCUUAUCUUUCGGCUGUUGGGCACUCCCACCGAGGUCACGUGGCCUGGGAUUUCCUCCAUCGAUGAAUUCAAGUCCUACAGUUUCCCCAAAUAUAGGCCCCAGCCCUUCAUCAACCAUGCGCCCAGAUUGGACAUAGAUGGGAUUGACCUGCUGUUGUCAUUCUUACGAUAUGAAUCCAAGAAGAGGAUCUCUGCUGAGGAGGCCAUGAAACAGCCGUACUUCAGGAGUUUAGGUGGCCGCGCGCACACACUACCAGAGAGUUUAUCUCUAUUUACACUAAAGGAACUCCAACUGCAAAAGGAUCCAGGCUACCGGAAUUCUGCCUUCCCAGAGACCGGAAACGGCAAGAACAGAAGACAAAGUAUGCUGUUCUGAAGCCCUGCUCUUCACCAUUGUCAAAUGGAGGAUGGCCUGUCCAGAGUUGUGGACUGACCCCACCCUGAGUUGUGUGAGCCUCAUUGCAUGACAUGACGUGUGGAGGAUGAGAGAGAGACCCCGCCCUUCCCCUCCCUCUCACCCAUCCAACCACAUUCAAAAUGGCUCCCGUGUCCAAGACCCAGCGCAGCUGCAUUGGCCACACAGGUGGCCAGGAGAAGAGCAUGUACAAAAGAGAUCUGUUGGGCUUUUAUUUAUGUGAAAAAAAGAACAAUGCUGCUAAACCAACUACUGUCUUUUAACCCUCAAACCACCGUUCAUCCCUUUUUAUAUCAUUUCGGUUUGAUUUGGUUAUUUUUGUUUUUGUGUAUUUUUUCUCAUUGUGUAGACAAGACACAGUGUGUACAGACCCUUAGUUAUGAAAUGCCUGUCUGCUAUGCUGAGACUGAACCUGUAUUUGUGACUUUAUGUUAUUAUAGUUAUUAACUCUAAAGCCCUCAACACAUUGGUGUACAUUUGAUUUCUCUCCUGUCAACGGUUACUGUUUGGCCUCGAGUGUCAUCUCGACGUGUAUAAAAACCGGGUUUGGCAGGAACUCCUUGUUAAAGUGCCACCAUUAGUGUCCACCUCCUUAUGCAUUAUGGCUCCUCUUGGUCCCUUACUUUUGUUAAAAAAAAAAAAAAACGUUCAUUGUCAGGUUCUCCCCAAUGCAACUGUGAGGCAGGGCUGCAGUUUGGACCAGACUGCCCACACCUGCGGAACUUGCCGGCUGCAUUACUGUACUCCAUGUGAUGGUUCAACGUGAAUUUGGCCGAGUUUUUGUUCUGCAUGCCAGUCAUAGGAAAAAGCACAGUCACUGUCUUCACAUUGAGGAUGUGCCCAUUCUGCCGAAGUUCUAACUAAUACUGACAUCAUAGUGUUAAGAAAUAUAUUUUGUAUAAUAGCUUUAUUUAUGAAUAUUUGUCUUAUUGUGGUGGUAUGUUGGAGGAGUUUGACCUCCCUCCCCAUUUGAGCUUGAUAUUUUUCAGAAAAAAAGUCACCUGAUUUAAUUGGA